GGUUGCAUAGGGGAGUGCUGAUCUCUGGGAUCAAAGGUCGCAAGCUCACCGGGCUCGGCGCCAAGCGCCCCCUCGCCCCCUCCCAGCCCCGGAGAUCCAGUUCAGGGGCGCGCCACAGGCGGGGAGCCGCGGCGGCAGCGCAGAGCCCUCAGCUGCCGGGGCCGCCACGUCACUCACGACCUGACCCCACUGUGCCAGCCCUGUCCCCGGAGGCGCGAGCGACACCGGCCGCUGAGGGUCCUCUCCGAGGCAGCACUAUGACGUCUUGGGUUUCCAGGCUGUUUCCUAGGAAUGCCUGUACCUUGGCUACUUCAUCAAAGAACCAGGGACAUGAGGAUUGUCAUCGGCAGCACAAGGCCUACGGGUACUUCUUGCCCAUCCAGACAAGAUGGCAGGACAAUGACCAGUAUGGGCACGUGAACAAUGUCGUGUACUAUAGCUACUUCGACACCAUUAUCAACCACUACCUGAUCAGGUACUGUGGCCUGAAGACCAGCUUACUGACGUCCCCCGUGGUGGGGUUCAUGGUGACCAAUCAGUGCACCUACCACUCACCCAUUGGCUUCCCUCAGAUCCCAGUGGCUGCCUUAGCGGUGGAGAAAGUGGGUCACUCCAGCGUGCACUACCGACUUGCUCUGUUUCCACCUAAGCACACUGAGGAGUUGCCUUCAGUUGAUGACCGUGACCUCUGUGAUGGCUUUUUCUUCGGCCAUCCUAAGUUGGCUCAGUUUGAUGCUUUGGCCUGUACCACGGGGUCUUCAGUCCACGUCUUUGUGAAUCCAACCACCAGCAAGCCAGCAGGCCUUCCCGAAAACUUCCGAAGGGGCCUUCUAAAGCUGAUGAGCCCAGCUUCAGUGUGAAUUAUGUACACAAUACAUGGAAUUGCUCAUAAAAUAAAGUUUAGAUUAUUCUCUCUGAAAUUUCUUUUGAUUUCUUAGAUACAUUUUUUUUGUGUGUGUUUUAGAAAAGGCUGUUAACUUCUUCAAAGAUUUUUAAGAGUCAUCUAGCUCUGUCAAUGAAUCACCUCCUUGCAUCAGACCCUGGGCCAAGUAUUUUGCACAGUUUGUCCCUUGGACCAUGACCACCAACCUCAGGAGACAGGUGCUGUUCUAGCUUCCCCUUUUCAGAAGAGGAAAGUGAAGUUUGCAGAGUAGAAGAAGCAGCCAAAGAGAGGCCACUGGUCUCAGAAGCCCAUACUCUCGAUCACCACAUAAUAUUGCCUCUCCAGCCUGCAGCACCCCUCAGGCCCAGGCCAGCCCAUGGCCAUGGAGGAUCCACUCCCGCAAAGGAACCCCAUUCACUUUCUGCAAGCCAACGACUCGUCUCUGCAUUGCACGUCACGUUUCUUUACCAAUAUCUCACCAGCUGGGCUGCAUACUUUCCAUGGCUUGAGAUCAUUGAUCUAUGUGACUCAUUAAAUGUCUUCAGCUUCUUUCAGUUAAUAAUCAUGUGACCCAUGUGUUGGGGUGGGAGUGGGGAUGUGAACUUUGGCCCUGGAAAAAUCACCUUCAUUUCCUAUGUUUAAAAACAACCAAAAAACCCAACCCUUUGAUGCUUAUCUGUUAAAUCCAUCAACUCAAUCGGUCACUAAUGUCAUGGCUUGAAGCCAAGAGUAACUAUGAAUAAAAUA